GAUGAGCCACAAGUAGGAUCAUCCCUAGGUGUAGAAUGGGCAACAACAGCCAAGAAACACCCAUACGUAUGACAGACAAAUCGAACAAAUUCACCCAUUCGAUUUUUUCCGCACACCGAUGUUGUAAACUUUUCCGAAUAAACACUAUCGAAUAUCUCUUCUGUUACAUCAUUUUGAAAAAUAAUGUUUUGACAAAGAUUGUAGAAUAGAACAUUAUGCAAAAUUCACUUCGGAAAAUUACCUGCAAAUUUUCUCCUCUAGAAAAUAUUGUCAUGAUUCUUGGAAUUUUUCGUACUUUAUAAAGCAUUAUUAAGCGUACGUACACACGUGUAUAUAUUUAAAAAAUUGGAAUCAUUGUUAAAAAACACACAUACGUUUGAGAUUCAAUGAUAACAACGAAACUGUUUCUAUGAGAGUGACAGAAUAUGAAGAAAAUCGACAUCUUGUCUAUUCGAUUCGAGAGAUGGGUGACUGGUAGUCGUUCUUACGAACGUCGUAAUGCAGAUUUGAUAAUAAUUAUAGAGGUACUGUAAAACGGAACAUUAUGCGAGCCUCGCUCCUGAAAAUUAACUGAAUAAUUACAAACAGUUAUUUUGCAAAGUGUAAAUCUUCGAGGGAGACAUCAAUAUGUUGAUUUACACAUGUGACCGUAGUAAUAAUGUUACCGGAGAGAAUUUUAUAGUAGACACAGUUAUGAAAGUAUAAUUCACUUCCUGAGAACGCGACAAUAUGUUGACAUUUCCUGGAGGAAGAGAUAACACUCCUAAAUUGUAUGCUAUGCAACUAUGGAGAUACUGUUUUUCAACUUCUUAUUAUAUACCAUCAGUGGUUUGUGGCGACCAGUACAAUGGUCUUCAAAACGCUCCAAGUUGCUAUACAACGUGUUCACUUUCUUGACGAUGUACCUAUUGAUAUAUGUUGUGCUGACUCACAUCAUGUAUAUCAUCUUAGUUGUCAAAAACUUUGAAGACUUGGCUUCGUGUUCCUUUUUUUCCGCCUCAUUAACCAGCUUAUUGUUCAAAGCGAUUACUGUUAUAUCCCGUCGCGAUCAAAUUAUCAAUUUGAUCCAAAUACUGCAAGAGGAACCAUGCAAAGCCCGCGACAAAGAGGAGAUUGAUAUCGAGAUGAAAUUCGAUCGAUCUAUUAGAUCAUAUUCUAUGCGAUACAUAAUCUUGUGUACGUUCUCGAUAACGAGCGCUGUGAUAGGAGGGAUACUCUAUAUAUUAGAGGGCCAGAUACCAUUUGGAUUCGCGUCGGUACCUUGGGAUUGCACUUCAUUUCUUAUAUUCUUAUUGACGUCUAUUCAAGAAAUUGUAGGUGUAAUUCUUGGCACAAUUAUAAACGUCGCGACAGAAACUACCUUAUUAGGAUUUUGCUUACAAACAUGCGCACGAUUCGAAAUUCUAAAGCAUCGCCUUCAGAAAAUGAUAAAACAUAGUGAGAAAAAGAGCAUUUGGACAAAUUCGUCGAAUAAUAUAUUGGGAAAAAGGAGCAGAUUAUCGGAACACGUUUCCCAUCACCUAUGUAUAUUCAGACUUGCACAAUUCAUUAACGACAUAUUCAGCCAAGUGAUCUUUGUUCAAUUUAGUACCAGCGCUUUGGUACUCUGUUCAACCAUAUACUAUCUGUCUUUCCAUAUCACAGUUACCACCAUGGCCACCUUAACCGUCUACACAUUUUGCAUGUUUGUGCAGAUUUUUUAUUAUUGCUGGGCCGGAAACGAAGUUACACUUAAGAGUAUUCGAUUCAGCGACGAGAUAUAUAAUAUGGACUGGUUAUUGAUGACAAGUAGCGAACAGAAAGAUUUGUUGAUGAUUAUGAAACGUAGCACAAGACCUAUCAAAUUUACCAGCAGUUUUUUGGUGACAUUGUCUCUGGAAUCGUUUGCCAACAUUCUGAAGGCAUCCUUCUCUGCAUUUAAUAUUUUGCAACAAUUGUGAAGCUUCAUUUGUUUUUUGGAAAUACACCAAAUUCUGAAGACAUCCUUUUCUGCAUUUAAUGUUUUACAGCAAUUGUAAAACUUUAUUUG